AUGGUGUCCAUCAAAGCCACGUGUUUCUUCAUGGUGAUAAUGGUUUCAGCUACAUACAUGCAAGGAAAAUGUGAAAAGAUCUCUUUCAAUAAGCAACAACAUGCCAAGCAGAACCAAGAGCUUGUUGGCCAUGUUUCCCACAAUUCUGUUACAUCAAACCCAGCUCAGUGCUACUUGUGGUGUAUAAACGACUGUCGAUGUUUGUCGAUAAACUACAAAGUCAAGAACGAAACCAAAUAUUGCGAGUUGAACGAAGGCAACCAUUUUACUGGGAAGAAUUCUCUGGUAAACAAUCCAGGAUCUACUUAUUACAUACUGCAAAGAGCAAUCUUCAUUAAGGCUCUUAACGUUCCAUGUGUUACUGACGUCCCAUGUAGCAACGGCUGCUGCAGGAACAAUUCGUGUCUUAAUGGAGGAACCUGCUCAAAGAUCUGUGAGCCCAUAAGUGUUCGGUACAACUGUUCCUGUCCUGUACCGUUUGUCGAUAAACACUGCGAGAUUCAGUUGAGAAGAAGCUGUCAGGAUUAUAAAGCAGCCAAGUUCACCGCCUCUGGAUUGUACACCGUCACUGAUGACAGAAACCAAACUUUCCAAGUAUUCUGUGAUUUUGAUUCCGAGCCUGAGUUCGCAUGGAACCUGAUCGAAUCAUUCAAUUUGUCCAACAAAAAUCUUUUUAAGAAUAACAUCGUAUUUUACGAUGACUACCAAUCCAUCGGCGGUGACGACCCAAAUUGGCAGGCCUACCUCAUGAAACGACCCUACCUCCUUUGGCGCAGGGAUCACUCGACCUACUGGAGAGCUACCUGCCGAUACAACACAGAUGGCACCGUAUAUACAGAUUACCUGAGAGCCUCGCUUGAAGAUUUUGAUAUCAUCAGAGAAGUACCCACGGUGUUAGAUGUCUGUCGACCUUACGAAUAUGUGAACAUCCAGGGAAAUAAGUGUGUGAAUUAUACAGCACGGACAUGGUAUAAAGAACCUACUCCUUUGCAUAUGGACAGUUCCUAUCGCGGAUUUUGCCAAUUUGACGGAAGUGAGAUAGACCCAGCCAAAUGGGACGAGGACAACUUUGGGUGGUACGCUAAUAAAAAUCCCAAAUUCCGUUGUACCUCAAACCUGAGUGAUAUGACUCAGUUCUGGAUCGGAGGCAAAUAG